GCUCGACGGUCGAUUGACGGACCUGGAUGAACGUACCAGACGCUGGAGGCGUGGCUGGCGGAGAUGGCGGUUUCUUCGCAAGUACCGGAGAACCGGGAGUGGGAGGAAGAGGUGAGCCCGGCCCGACACUCUCAGCUAAUCGCGGAUAAAGACCGGGUCCUGUCUGCAAGUUUCGGUGUGCUGAAAGACGAACAAUUGGUUGUGGUGGAACUCUCAGGGAUUAUCGACCCAGACUUUCUGUUGAAGUGUAGAAAUGAGUGUAAAAUUGUGGGAAUAGACACUGAGCAGCCAAUUAUGCAGGUGGACAGAUGCGUGUUUGCUGGAGAGUAUGAAGAUGUGUUGGGAACAUGUGUGAUAUUUGAAGAGACCCCUGAGCCAGACCCUGAGUUGGAGGAUAAACCAUCACUUAGGUACAAAUGCCACACUGCAAAGAAGUUGCUAAUGAAGCGGACAUUUCUGAGUGAGAAGAAGGAAGGGGAAGAGAGCACAGGAGGGGUGGAGUAUUUGAAGAUCAAAGAAAAUGAUUUCACACGAAGAGCUGGUCUGAUUUGCAGUUUCCUCCCAAACCGCAGCAGUUCGAAGGAUGAUGGUGGCAGAGCAAUUUCCAAAGGUGCCCUCAAUCCUUUAGCAGUUCAGGACCAGGAGCUGUCAAAUGCCAGCUCAGGUUCAGAGGCUGAGGCCAGUGACCAUGAAAGUGCAGACCUAUGCCAAGAGCUGGAAAGUUUUACAGAUGACCAUGCUGGUGUGGACUGUGAAAUGGAACUAGAUCCUAGCAGGACUAUAACGGAGCUUGGAGAGCAGAGAUCCAUGGAACAAGAUAGGUAGUGAGCAACUGCUUUCUUCUCUAUUCUUACUGAAGAAAACAUUCCUAACUAUUUUAUUCCAUUUGAAAUCUCCGCUCUCUUCGUGAAGGUGCUGUUAAUUGCUGCUAUCACAUUGCCAUAACGCUGACAGUUCCCCAAUUUGUUACCUAACCACAAUAACCAUGGCAAUGACUAUUAGCAGGCGUAUGACCAGAGAUUAUGUGGGCAGACUGGUCCUGUUCAUUGGUGCAUGCACUCUGGCAAAAAUGAGCUGGAGACAGUGUAAGAAAUCUCAAUUAUUUUUUUAAAGUUGAAAUGUGUUUGUUAUUGCUUGUGGUUAGAUGGAGUAUUUUAAAGUAAUUGGUAGCUGUUCAGUGUUAAGGCUGUGUACUUGCAUUUGUGAAUUGAUAAAUAUCUACAUACUGAAAUUUUAGAGUGGGAACUGGCCUGGCAUUAACACUUGGAUUUGGCAAUACUUGUUUAAUUAGUUAAGAUCAAAAGAAGGUGCAUUAUGUUUCUCCAGUUGAGCAGGGCUGGAAGUGUUCUCAGCAAAUUCUGAGGUUUUCCAUACACUUCCUUCUCCUGCCUAGCCUAAGUCACUUAGCAUAAUAUUCCAGAAGUAAAGGAGAGGACUGACGGGUUGAUGAGCAAAGAUGUGCAGAUUGUGUUCCAUUCCUGAUGAGUUUACGUUCUCUAAUUUUUGAUGUAAACAUUGUGAGUAGCAUAAUGAAUUAAAAACCUGAGACUGUAAACAAUUAUUCAGCACGUGGGCUGCAGUUCUUCAAGAAGGUACUUCAGAACUCUCACUGUUCUUUCUUUAUUUUUAUUCAAUUUUGGUUUGGAGCUGAGAACUGUAAGCUGAUAAAUGAUGAUGACCUUUGAGCCGUGAGCAGUAGCUUGUUUUUGUUUAAGAGAAGAACAAAGAAACUUAUUAAUGUGAGGCCACACCUUUAAGUUAUUUGGGGGUUGAUUCAUGUUCAAAGAGAACUGGACAUUUUUGUUCCAGAGAGGUGUAAAUCUCAACCAGAUGGCAGGCAUAUGAAUGUUAAAAGGGGCCAUCACAAAGAGGCUGGUGCCAAGCAAAAUAACAAAGAAAUGUUGAAAAAUAAACAGAAAAAGAAACCAAAGUUUGAACUGUUUUAUCUCAGAAGGACUAUCACUGCCAAAGCUUAAGGAAAGAAAGCUGAUUGCUCACUGGUUAUCGCCCCACUAUCAAUUCAUUGAUAUAUCUAUUAACGGUCUUUGAGUGGAGGCUAGAAUCAAAGAAGAUUGGUAGAAAUCAUAGACAUUAAAUUAGUUUAUCUUUGCUAAAGCUACUGUGUUAUUAGUAAAUUGUUAAUUAUUUUGUUUAACUAUAAGCUUGGUGUCUCUCACUGGUUUUUUCAAGAAGUUGGUUAGGAACCAUUAAGGCAAUUUUGAGGGCUGAGAGUUUUGAAUUUACUGUAUUUAGGGAUGUCAAGAUAAAAAGACUGAUUUGAUUUUUCUGUCUGCAUAUUGUAACUGGAGAUCUAUCAUCUUUCUUGCUUGGGGUUGGGCAGUACAUGUUGGCCUUAUCAGUCAUGCCCAUAUCCCAGUGAUGCAAACAUUUUUUUUUAAAAUUCCAGUGGAAUUCCUGCAAUAGAGUGGUGGGUUAUUUCAGGCUGGAUAGAAAUCUGGAGCUUCCAUGCUUGCACCAUGAUUAAGAGACCUACCACCAUAGGGUGGCAGCAUUGAGCUACAAUUUUGCUCCAUGCUUGCCUUUGUUGAAUACUUGAGCCCUGAAAUUCCUUCAGAGAUAGUAGGAACUGCAGAUGCCAGAGAAUCUGAGAUAACAAGGUGUAG